AUGGAAGGGUUGAUGGAUGAUAUGAGCACAUGCAAGGACACAGGAAUUGACUUGAAUGUUGGUUUAGAUUGGGAAAUGGAUUAUGGAGAUGAUACCGGUGGUGUUAGAGAUAGUGACGAUAUGGAGGACAAUGUUGGCACCAGCGAUAGUGAUUCUGAGGAUGAUAAUAACACUAACAUUGGUGAUGAUGAUAAGGAGAACAUCUCAUAUGAGCAUUUGCACAGCUUCGAAACACAGCCACACAGCUCAUAUGCACCUCUACACAAAGAUGCUGCAAAUCCAGCCAUGGCUCCACCAUACUCGAGUAUGUAUGACUGGACCCUGCUUGAUAAAGUCGGGAAUGGGAAGCCAUUUUCUAAAUGGGAGUCGGAUGAUGUUGUGGGUAUUGAGUUUGAAACCCUUGUGGAGGCUGGCAAGUUCUAUUCAACUUAUGGUUGUGCCAUGGGAUUCAGCGUAUGA